GGCAAACGCUAUCACAUUGGGUGUGCCUAAGACUUACACCCAGAAGAAGCUAAAGAGAGACAUUAAAGAAGAGGACAGUCCGCUUGCGCCAUGCUGGCCGAAGGUUUUCUCAGAGUGCUGCUUUACAGGGAGGAGAGAAAGUUUGCUUCUGCUUCCAAACGACACAAAACACAGACGCACACUCAUCGUCCGGACGCGUUGAAGUGUAGUCUCUCGGAGUCAGACUCUACAGACAUACGGACGGAUUCAACUGAAGCAGGUUCAAACCAGGAGGAGUUAGACUCCACCCAUGCUCAGGGACUGAGAGUGCUGCCUCAAGAUCCUGUAGGCCUCUCAAUCCCUGGGUGUUCACCUUCCCUCGCCCUGGACCCUGACUUUACAGUUUACAGCCUUGACGACUGUAGCCUCCUGGAACAGUAUCCAGACCUGCAGGUGGUCGACUCAGGCCGCAUCUCACACAACCUACUGAGAGCCACUAUCGCUCAGCAGGAUUUGUACACUGCUCUCUCUGAAAAUCACCAACAUCCAGGAUGGGCAGCCCAGCAGGAGCCACAAGGGGAUCCUGUUUCAUCCAUACCAGACCAGGGAUAUCUGGUUAUGGGGGCCAGUGUGAACAUCAGCCUGGAUCUGCCCGGAUCAGGGUUGGAGCCCAUGUCAAACUCUGUAUUGAAUGGGCUGCUGGAGAAACAGCUAGAAGAGGUGUACAUGCAGCACCUGACUGACAACUUGGCUCGAUGCAACUCCCACCUGGGGAACAGCCUCCUGCACGGUCUGGUGCCGCCGCCGCAGCCCGGCAGCCAGCCGCAGGGGCCAGACUCACUGGAGGCCAGUCUGGAAAGAUCAGGAGGAGACAGCGACAAGAAGAUUAGUUAUCUGAGCACCCAGAACAUAGUACCCUGCUCAUCCAACUUCAGCUCCCCUGUACUGAGGAUUUCAGAGACUGACAAUACUCAUCAGUAAUGAAACGUGAUGAAUACAUCCUGCAAAAGUAUUAAAUGUAAUGGUUAGUUAAGCUUUUUUAUGCCUCUGUACUUCACUCCCAAGUUUACACAUACACAUGUAUAGAUAUGACUGUGAAAUAGAGAGAAAGCGCAAUUCACUAAAAUAGUUCAUACUUUUAUUUUUAACUGUCUACAUAGUGUAUUUGUUAACUUGCUUGAUGAAAUGAUGCCUCAGAUUUACCUGCUCUCAUGUGCCACCUGCUGUUAGAUUGUUGUACUACAACACGCUGAAUUUACCUGUUAUACAUGAGAAUUUCUUUUACUGACAUUAUAAGUGGGUGUCUAAUAGGCAGGUAAGAUGAUAGAGUAAACUGUAAGAUCAUUCUGCACAUUGGGGAAACCUUGUAGACAUGUAUCCUGCAAAAUAAUCCCUAUGGUAUGAAUAAACUAAAAUGAAAAAA